AUAUAUUUCAAAUACAAUAAAGUAUACUUUUUUUCACCAGGGUCCACUCAGGAGAGUUUCGUGCUCGCUUCAUCGUGACGUCACCUUUUACUUUCGGUUUCGUAGACGUCAAGUGUUGGGCUUAAAAUGGCGCACAGUGCAAGUAAAGUUUGAUUAACAACGAAGUAUGAACAUUAGCAUGCUAAAAACGUAAAGAUACAUCAGAGUCAAAUACACUACUAAGGCAAUGACGUUUCAGUGUAAAAAAAAAAAAAAAAAAAUACAUUUUGGUUGUAAGUAGGCUACUUGUUUACGAUUUGCGUAUCGAGGAAGCAAUAAUACAUGCGUCGCAUAAUUUUAAUUCAUUUAAAACUGGCAGAUAUACAUUUGGUAAAAAUCAUAACCUUAAAUAUAUAUAUGUUUUUGAAAUUUGUGUUUUGCAGCAGGCAGUAGUAGUCCGGACUUACAUCGGCCCGACAUGAGCAUAAGUUCAGAUGAUGAUCAGCCACACAAUUACCGUCUGUUGACGCUGGAUCUGAACACAGUGAAUAAUUGGCUCCGUUUGUCUGAGAGGAACACAGUGAUCACUGUCGCUGACAAACCCCAGCCGUAUCCUGAUCAUCCAGACAGAUUUGAUUAUUGGAUGCAGGCAAUGUGUGUGGAGAGUGUGACUGGACGCUGUUACUGGGAGGUGGAGUGGAGUGGAGAUGGGAGAUUAGGAGUGUCUAUAUCAGUGACAUAUAAAAGCAUCAGCAGGAAGGGAAAUGGUAAAGAGAAUUUACCUGGGUGUAACAAUCAGUCCUGGAGAUUGAGUAGCUUUCCCAACUGCUGCUCAUUCUGGCACAUUAACAUCAAGACUGAUCUCCCUGUAGUGUCCAGCAAUAGAAUAGGAGUGUAUGUGGAUCACAGCGCAGGGAUUUUGUCCUUCGUCUCAGACACAAUGCGCCUCAUCCACAGAGUCCAAACCACAUUCACUUAGCCGCUCUACGUCAUGUUUGGAUUAGAUAGACAGACAUCGGUGAAACUGUGUCAUCUGACCAAUUAAAUCAUAUAGAGGUUCUACCGAUUACUACUGAUAACUUUUCAUUCACUUGACAUUUGACAUUCAACAGUGCUUUGCAUCUGCCUACAUUGACAGCAUUUUGUUUAAGUUAUUAUAUACCAUUUAUCACUGUAAAGCUGCUUUGACACAAUCUGCAUUGUAAAAAGCGCUAUAUAAAUAAAGGUGACUUGACUUGACUUUUAAUAAUCACAAAUAUACAGAAAGUAAAACUUCUCAUAUGAGUAUAAUAAUGACUGUAGAUGUGAGAACUGAUAAUGAAUGUUGGAAAAUGUUAAAUUUAGUCUUUUUAUUGAAACUUCAUGAAACUAUACUUUGUCUAUCAGAAGUAGCUUUCAAAUCUGCCAAUACAAUAAAUACAGUUGCAGGAAUAAGUUUGCACACCCUUUGAAAAUAUUGGGAUUUCUCAUUGAGAUACUGAUAUUAAUUUAACUUACAAUUGAAGAUUAACACAAUCUGACUAAACUAAUACAACUACUUGUACUUUGCACACUGAGUACAUUGAGUGAUCAUUCACAGUGCAGGGUGGAGAAAGUAAAUGAAAGGUGGAUAUUUUUAUUAUUCAAAGGGGUCACAAA